AUUAGCGCUCGAUGCUGCGUACCCUUAUAAGAUGUCUAUGGUCACUUGUUGAAGUAAAUGUACUUCAUUCAUUGAUGUCCCAUUGAAACAAAUGUUGGCCAACAUAUUGUGUGGUAUCCUAACAUCACCGACAGGUGGCGGUAUAGUAUGAUAAAGUCACACGAGGAGGAAUAACAGAAAGCGGCGUUUGAUGGAGAAGACGUUAUAGUGGUCCUUAUGGUUAUUUGUUCUAAAUCAUUCCGUACACCAUAUAUCGUUGAAUAGUGAAAUUAUCGGUAAUAAGUGGUUGUAUUCGGAUACAUUAGUCUGAGUGCACUUUGAUGAUUCUCGUGCUUCGCUAGCUUAGCGUGCUAGUUAGCUUAGCGUGUUAGCCGCUAAGAAAGAGAGACGGAAGUGAUCAAAACACAUCGCUAAGCAGAGAUCAAGUGUGAACGUAAAGUGUUGUGAUUGUGUAAAAAAAUGUGCGAAAGAACGACAGCAGAGUACGAGGAGAAAGAGCGACAACGUCAACUACUGGACGCUGUUUUCAAGAAACAUCAAGUUGUGUUACACAGAACAGACGUCCAGCAGCCCCACAUUAAAGAGGAAGAGGAGGAAGUGUGGAUCACCCAGGUGGGACCUUGUCUUUUAGGGCAGGAGGAGGCUGAUCUCAGCAAGUUUCCACUGACUGUUGUCUCUGUGAAGACUGAAGAGCAUGAAGACAAACCACCUGAGUCCUCACAGCUUCAUCACAGUCCAAACGUCCCUGAGCAGCAGGAGUGGACUUACAGGAUGGAGCAGGAUGAACCUCAUGUUAAAGAGAAAAUGAGGCAUCCACACCACCCACAUAUAAAGGAAGAAGAGGAGGAGUCACACUACCCCCACUUUAAAGAGGAGAAAGAGCCACAUGGUAUUUACAUUAAGAAGGAGGAGCCACAGAUCCCCCACAUUACAUCACACAGAAAGACAGAGAGAAGUCAUUGGUCCUCUCACAUUAAAGAAGAAGAGGAGGAACACAGCAUCGGUCAGAAAGGAGAGCAUAUUGAUGGACUGGAGGAGUUCCCAGUGACUGGUGUCCCUGUGAAGAGUGAAGAUGAUGAGGUCAAACGGUUGGAGGAGUUCCCAGCGAUUGGUGUCCCUGUGAAGAGUGAAGAUGAUGAGGUCAAACGGUUGGAGGAGUUCCCAGUAACUGGUGUCCCUGUGAAGAGUGAAGAUGAUGAGGUCAAAUGGUUGGAGGAGUUCCCACUAACUGGUGUCCCUGUGAAGAGUGAAGAUGAUGAGGUCAAACGGUUGGAGGAGUUCCCAGCGAUUGGUGUCCCUGUGAAGAGUGAAGAUGAUGAGGUCAAACGGUUGGAGGAGUUCCCAGUGACUGGUGUCCCUGUGAAGAGUGAAGAUGAUGAGGUCAAACGGUUGGAGGAGUUCCCAGUGACUGGUGUCCCUGUGAAGAGUGAAGAUGAUGAGGUCAAAUGGUUGGAGGAGUUCCCAGUGACUGGUGUACCUGUGAAGAGUGAAGAUGAUGAGGUCAAACGGUUGGAGGCGUUCCCAGUGACUGGUGUACCUGUGAAGAGUGAAGAUGAUGAGGUCAAACGGUUGGAGGCGUUCCCAGCGAUUGGUGUCCCUGUGAAGAGUGAAGAUGAUGAGGUCAAACGGUUGGAGGAGUUCCCAGUGACUGGUGUUCCUGUGAAGAGUGAAGAUGAUGAGGUCAAAUGGUUGGAGGAGUUCCCAGUGACUGGUGUCCCUGUGAAGAGUGAAGAUGAUGAGGUCAAACGGUUGGAGGAAUUCCCAGUAACUGGUGUCCCUGUGAAGAGUGAAGAUGAUGAGGUCAAAUGGUUGGAGGAGUUCCCAGUGACUGGUGUCCCUGUGAAGAGUGAAGAUGAUGAGGUCAAAUGGUUGGAGGAGUUCCCAGUGACUGGUGUCCCUGUGAAGAGUGAAGAUGAUCGUGUCGAAGGUGAAAGUGAGGAGAAGAGAGAGGCGGAGCCUCCGAGCAGCUCAACAGAAGCUGAUGGAGACCAAAGUGGAGGAUCACAAGCAGACAAGCUCUUAGCUCCACUAUCAGAUAGUGAGGACACAACGUCACACUCUCCUGACACUGAUGAUGAAGACUCUAAAGAUGAUAAGACAUGUCACACUGACAACACACACUUCACAUGCUCUCACUGCGGCAAAACUUUUCACAACCGUUACCUGAAAGAACACAUGAGAACGCACACCGAAGAAAAACCUUUCACCUGCUCAGUCUGCGGCACGGGUUUUAUACGCAAGAGUAAUCUGAAGGCACACAUGAGAAUGCACACCGGCGAAAAAACAAUCACCUGCUCAGUUUGUAGUAAAAGAUUCGCUCGGGUGGACUAUUUGCUAACACACAUGAAAAUACACACCGGGGAAAAACCCUUUUCAUGUUCAAGAUGCGGUAGGUGUUUUAAAGAAAAGACUGAUUUCAAAGUACACAUGAGAAUACACACCGGAGACAAACCAUUCAUGUGUUUAGUUUGUAGCAAACGGUUCACCCAGAAGGCACAUUUGAAGAAACACACAAGAAUACACACCGGCGAAAAACCUUUUAUCUGCUCAAUUUGCUUCAAAGGGUUUACGCAGAGUCACAAUUUGAAAAGGCACACACGAACGCAUUCUGGUGAGAAGGUGUUGAGUUGCGACGUGUGCGGUGAAAGAUUCUCUUAUAAGUACCAGUAUACAAAACAUGAGUGUGCUGGUGAGAACAGCAACAACAAAUGAAGAUGCAGCAUUCCAAAUAAACUGUCAGAACUUCGAUAAAUUUGACUUUUUGACAUCAGCACAAAUAUCAGCUACGAACUAUGGGAGACCGGGCUUUCUACUCCCUGACCACCUGAGGGCACCUCAGACUGUGGAUGCUUUGAAAAAAGGCUUAAAUACCCUUCUUU